CUGGUCUUAGAACAAGAAAAACAACAUUCUGUGUAUAUGUGCGUAACACUUACAGUCAAAUGAGGAAACACACUUCCAGAAACACACAUCAAUAGCAUCAACACAGUUAAGCGCUAUGAUCUCGUUACAAGCCUCAAUAUAGGAUCUUAUCUGCACAAGUUUAUCGUAGGGACUGACUCCAAAAUGGAUCAGCCUGGUCAUCGUGGGCAUGUGGGAACAAUUUCUAAACUGAGUCCAUCUGAGAGGGGAGACCAUGAGGCUCAUGGUCCAGGUCAGACACAGAGAUCCGUAUCUCCUGCACCCAGUGACCUGCCUCCUAUAUUUGGUGGAGAGGAUGCUGACGCUAACCAAAGAUUAAAGGCAGAGCCGGCCCAUCCUCACUCAGAGGAGUAUGCGGAGGCUGGCACAGCUUGUGGGGUCGAGGGACACACCAAGAGACCUGUAUCUCCAGCACCCAGCUUCCAGUCCAUAGAGCUUCCUCCUUUUCUCGGUGGAGAGGCUUCAACUUCAGAUGAAAAAUUGAGAACUGUGCCAACCACAUACGUACAAGUGGCCCCUUUGGACGAGGCACAAUUAAACAUGAACUGUCCUCUUCUGUGUGGUAAGGCUGGAGUUUGUUUACAUUGGAAAGAGGAUAUCUUGCAGAGAGUCAAGACUGACCAUAAAGCCAGCAUGAAAAAGAGGUUUGAGCACAUAUGCGAGGGAAACAUUAAUAUAACUCAUCCAACUCCCCUGAAUAGCAUAUUCACACCCCUCUACAUUACUGAGCGACGUUGGGAAAAAGUUAAUACACACGAAGUUCGUCUAAUAGAACAAUCAAGAAGACAAACACAAGACACUGAAAUUGACUGCAAUAACAUCUUUAAACCACUGACUGAAGAAGACAAGGAUAUCAGAAUCGUUCUAACCAAGGGGAUUGCUGGCAUUGGGAAAACUGUGUCUGUGCAGAAAUUCAUCCUUGAUUGGGCAGAGGGCAAGGCAAACCAUGAUAUAGAUUUCAUAUUUGUGCUCCCUUUCCGGGAAAUAAAUUUGAUUACAGAUAACCAGUUCUCUUUUCGCCAACUUCUCUCUGAAUUCCACUCUGCCUUGAAACAGCUAACUAAUAGCAAGAACAUUUACGAGAGGUGCAGUUUGGUGAUUAUCUUUGAUGGGCUGGAUGAAAGCAGAAUAACAUUGGACUUUACCAGUGAUCAAGCCCUGAAACUCCAUGAUGUUUCACAGAUAUCCUCAGUUGGCGAUCUGAUAGCAAACCUGAUCCAGGGGAAUCUUCUCCCAUCAGCUCACAUAUGGAUCACAUCAAGACCAGCAGCAGCUGGACAGAUCCCUGGUCAGUUCAUCAGUCGUAUGACUGAGGUGCGUGGAUUUACUGACCCACAGAAAGAUGAGUACUUUCGAAAGAAAAUAAGUGAUCAGACUCAGGCCAACCAAAUCAUCUCACACAUUAAGACAUCAAGAAGCCUUCACUUUAUGUGCCACAUACCAGUUGUCAGUUGGAUCUCUUCCAUUGUGCUUCAAGAAGUCUUCCAAAACAACAGGGAACAAAUACCCCAAACUCUUACUGAGAUAUUCACCCAUUUCUUAAUCAUUCAGAUGAACAUGAAGAGCCAGAAAUUUUGGGAAAUGGAAGACGGUGCUCCUAGUAGCAAAGUUCUUGAGGCAAACAAAGAUGUAAUUUUGAAGUUAGCAGAACUAGCAUUCACACAACUGGAGAAAGGAAAUCUGUUGUUCUAUGAGGAGGACCUUGAGGAAUGCGGCAUCAAUGUCACUGAGGCCUCAGUGUACAGUGGUUUGUGUACAGAACUUUUCAGGGAAGAACGUGUAUUUAGGCAAAAAAAGGUCUUCUGUUUUGUUCACCUCUCGAUUCAGGAGUUUCUUGCUGCUCUUUAUGCAUUUUACUCCUAUGUGAACAGAAACUUCAAAGCUCUGAAGUCUCUCCUCACUGGUUGGGAGAGACAGCACUUCCUGGAAACGCUGCUGAAGGAUGCUGUGGACAAGUCCUUGGAGAGUGAAGAUGGACACUGGGACCUGUUUGUGCGGUUUCUUUUGGGACUCUCACUGGAGUCAAACCAGAGGCUCCUACAGGGCCUGCUAACACAAACAGUGAGCAGCUCAGAGAGCAUUGAGAAAACCAUCAAAUAUACCAAAGAAAUUAUCCGCUACAAAGACAUCAAGGAACGGUGCAUGAAUCUCUUGCUUUGCUUGCUUGAAAUGAAUGACAAUUCCUUGCACACAGAGAUUCAAGAGUACCUGGAGUCUGGAAAAGAACUCUUUUCUUCUCACUGCUCAGUACUGGCCUAUACGAUUCUUGUCUCAGAAGAUGUACUCGAUGAACUUGACCUUCAGAAGUACACCACAACCAGUGAAGGUCGUGGACGGCUACUGGGAGCUGUGAGUGGCUGCAGAAAGGCGCGUCUGAUUGGCUGCCGUCUCACAAGCAAGUUCCUUAAGACAGUGACCUCAGCUCUUCAGUCAGAAACCUCUCAGUUAAGGCAUCUAAAUCUGAGUUACAAUGACCUAAAAGACUUGCAAAAUGAGCUCCUUAAUGCCAUCAAGUCUGAACAUUGCAAACUGGAAACACUUAUGCUAAAUUGUUGUGAACUGAAAGAGGAUUUCUGUGGCUUCAUAAGCUCCCUGCUCAAGUCAGAACACACAUGCUUGAAAGAGCUCGAUCUGAGCAACAAUGAUCUUUGUGAUGCAGGAGUAGAACAACUCUCAAAUGGGCUUAUGUCUCCCAAUUGUAAAGUUGAAGUUCUCAUGCUCUCAGGUUGUCUUGUAUCAGAGAGGGGUUUUGAAGUUUUAGCCUCAGUUCUAGAGUCCAACCAUUCCAACCUCAGAGAGCUGGAUUUGAGCUACAAUCACCCAAGUGAAACUGCAGUCUCACACAUCUCCUCUCUGGAACAGAACAAAGGCUAUAAACUGACAUCACUUAAUGUUUCUGUGAGAAUACACGUGAUCGUCCAAGUAACUGUACAGACGGACAGCUGUCCAAAUGCCUGUGAGCUCACAAUGGACCCAAACACACCACACAAAGACAUAGCUCUGUCCAAGAAGGACACCAAGGCCAAACGAGGGAUCAUGCAACUAUACCCUCCCCACGAAGAGCGGUUCGAGGUCUUUGAACAAGUGCUGUGCAGAGAGGGUCUGACUGGACGCCGCUACUGGGAGGCUGAGUGGGGUCACAAAGGAGCGGCUAUUGCAGUGGCAUACAGAGGCAUAGAGAGGAAAGGAAAGGUUGACAGCGAGUUUGGAUCAAAUGACAAAUCCUGGAGUUUGAUGUGCUGUGAUAAUGUUUACAUUGUUAAGCACAAUGGUAAAAAUAUUGACAUACCAGUGCCACCGUCCAACCGAAACUGUAUAGGUGUGUAUCUGGACUGGCCAGCGGGAACAUUGUCUUUCUACAAAGUCUCUAAUGACACACAGGUGCAUUUGCACACUUUUUGUACAACAUUUACUGAGCCUGUGUAUCCAGGGUUUGGACUUGAAUAUGAUUCAUCUCUAUCUCUUUGUGAAAUUAAGUAGUUUUCUUCAUGAAGGUAUGCCAGGCAACCAUUUAUAAGAGUUUGUAUAUAUGUUUCUUUGUAUGUAUGUAUGUAUGUCAUUUGUACUGUGGCCGUUAUCAUGGCUACUGCAUGUGUAAUUUCAUCAAGGGCUAACCUCUAUUAGAUUCUAGGUCAUUUUCGAGUUCAUGUCUCCACUUGUCUCAAAAAUUAAACUUGUGUCUUAUGUCUUCCCAUCAAACAAGUUUGUUUAUCUGAUGAAGACCAAGUGUCUAAAUGUUGCCAAAUAAACAGAGUGUGAACGCUG